UCAGUUCAGUUGAAUAGAUAUAAAUAUCAUUGUGGUUAAACUUUGGACUACUUAUUUAUAUUGAGGAUCGUGAAGAUAAAGGACAAUGCUGGCUACUUCAUGGGAAUCCUUUGUUUGAAGUCUGUCUCAUGCAAAUACAGAAAUAAGUUGGCAAGACAGGGCACAGUUGUCUCUAAUAAGGAAGACGACUGGUUGCUGAACAAACACGUCCUCCAGAUGUCAGAAGAAGUUAUCGACUGGAGGCAUGAUAAAUCGCCACAAGAUUGUCUAAAAUAUUUACUGUUCAAAGAAACACUAUCAGAUGUUCAUUUCAUCUUCAACAAUGACUAUUCGUCUGGUAGAGUUCCAGCGCAUACAUUUGUACUUGCCAUGCGCAGUGCAGUCUUUGAAGAUGAAUUAUUUACAGAACGUGCAGAACACGAGGAUAUUCUUGUAGAAGAUAUUUCAAAAGACAUAUUUGAAAUGAUGUUGAAAUAUAUUUACACAAACAUGACAAAGAUAACCAAUGCAAAUAGUGUUGGUUUGUUACAAGCAGCCAUGAAAUAUCAGAUUCAGGGACUAGCCGACUUGUGUGUUGCACAUAUGGAAAGAUCACUCAACCGGAACAACGUCUGCAAGAUUUUGGACGAGGCAGUCAACUUCGAAAUCCCUUCUUUAAAGACAAGUGCUUUAUAUUUUCUUUCAAAUUUUACCCGGGAAGUUUUCAAAACAGAGGGAUUUCUAUCUCUUUCUUACACAAGUCUGGAUUUAAUUUUAGAUUUGGACAAACUGUCAACAUCUGAAAUUGAAGUUUUCAAAGCUGUCGUUUUGUGGGCGGAUGAGCAGUGUAAAAAGAACAAUAUACCUGAUGAAGGGGAAAAUAAACGAAACAUACUUGGCGACAUGUUCUACAAACUGAGAAUUCCAGCAAUGACUUUACGACAAUAUUCUAAUAUUGUGGUCACGAGUGAAUUGCUGACUGAACAAGAACAGUUACAGUUAUUCAAAUAUUUCACACUUCAACCGUCAUUGAAAUCAAAAGUGUCAGUGACAAUUGCGAAUUUUCCGAUGAAACCAAGGUUAAGGACAAAGGCUUUAGAUGAUUGGCAACCCAAAAAGUCAACACCAACAAAAAAGAAACAAGUAAGAUUUGCAUCAAGUAAUCAAGUUAAUGUGACGCAACUUCCGGCCGAGCCAGUUUAUGGGGACGAUAAUUUAGACGCAAGGGAAGUGGAAGCUCAAGAAGUUUUUGGAUGAAAUGCCUACCAGUAUUAAAAACAAUGUUAUCUUGAUAUUAUUGUGAGCUAUCUGUGCUUUAAAGAUUUUGUUCUGUCGAUCUGUUUUUUUAACUCUAUAUCUAUAGUUGUUAUACAAGUAUUUUAAUAUAUAUGUUGGUUUCUGGUUUUUUUUUAUUAUUCCUUAUUUGGUCAAGCUGGAUACAAAAUAUGAAACUCACUACAACCUUGAAUUGUGACCUUGUUUUUUGUUGUAUUCUUACGUAAUAUGAAACUACAUAUAACUGAUGUGAGCAUGUUUCUGGUUUAAAAUUA